AUGUCAUUUGUAGAUAUCCAAUCAGAUGAUGCAGCUUUCUUUGCCGAUAUUGAUGCUUGGCAAAGUGAAGAUGAAUUAGAAUAUGAAGAAGACGAAACUCCUAUUUUUAUGGCCGAAGACCCUAAUCCAAAUACCGUCCAGACUUUCCAUCCAGAGGGUAAUACUGUUCAACAGGUUGUAUCUAAUCUUUGUGAUUCUCAAGGUGUACAAGAUGAACUUGCUAACGCACAAAAUAUGAUUGAUAAUCGUGAAACUAUUGAUGGUUCCGUAUUGCUUCCUUUUAGUCAAAAUGAUUUGAAUAUUGAUGAUGUGAGAGAAGGAGAUGAAAGGGCCUUUCCGCGUGCCACUAUUUUAGGUGAUGAUAAAUUGAUUUAUCUCAUGGAAUUUAAACGGAAACUGUACAAAAGAUUCAUUUAUCUUCAUGGAUUAAUUAUUGAUAAGGAUGGCAAAAUAGUUAAUCCCUCAGCUAGAUUCCAAAGGAACAAUGGUCAAGUCAUCAAAUUUCUUAAAGAAAGAAAACACCCUUUUAUUAUCUUAGAAUCCGUAUAUAACAAAGAUACUAGUUUAUUCCCAUUCUAUCACGAGGCCCUAUGGAAUUAUGUUACUCCAAGUUUCUUUCAGACUGAAACUGUCGGCACUGAUGCUUUUCAAUACAGAAGAUAUGUCCUGCACCCAUUGAAAAAAUCAUCUUAUCAACAAAUAAAGGGGGCAUUGGUUACCAUUGGUUCUAAUCAAUCAUUUGUAAUUCAUGUUCCUUAUGAUGAUUUCUCCAAGGAAAAUAUAGCUGUCACUUAUGAAGCUCCCGAAUAUACCCUGGUACAUACCGAGAAUCCAAUUGAUCAAUCGUUCCAAGGUUUGACCUUCACUGAAGAUGACUUUAAUUAUCUUUAUAAAGGAACAAUUAAAGAAAGGUCUGAAGAAGGAAUGAAGAUUUAUGCUAUGAUUUAUAAAAGGGUGAUUGGAAAUUCUGCUCAUUCUCAAUACUUUGCUAAGUCCUUUCAUGUGCCUAAAGAUAAGGAGUUUAUGUAUAGAUAUCAUCAACCAGCUACAAUUGAUAGUUAUGCUGGUCUCUUUGGUCGAUUCUAUUGUAUUAUCAACUGUUUUGAAUGUUUUGGCUUUAUUGGGAAUAGUUAUUCUGAUCAAUGUAAAGAAUUGGUGGCUGCUAUAAUUAAAUCGAAAAGCAAUGAAGCUCGUCUUGAGAAAAUGAUUGAUUUAUUCAUCUAUUUCAAUACUGAAGAUGGUGGAUCCUUUUUGAGAUGUUUAUUAUACCCUUACCUAAGAAAGUUAAAGAAUGGAAAGUACUUUGGAACAACAACUUUAAUGGUUAGAUUGGAUGCCAUCAAAAACUUCUACAAGUUUGCUAUAUUCAUUCGCUCAUCUGAAGAAGAAAGGACCGCUUUUUCUUUAGGAGAAAACUGGCCAAGGAAGUAUAAAGGAUGGAUGUUUGUAUGCGAGUUGUAUAAGAAUCUAAUGAAUAUUCGUGGUGAUGGGCUGAUGAAUGUAUCUGCUACAGGAGUUCCUGGAAAAUGUACUGUGGAUGGUCAAGAAGUUGAUAAAAAUUAUUUGGUUGAAUCGUAUUACAAAUCCGCAAUUUUUUAUCAUGAAAAAUUUCAAGAAAUUUGUCGUAUCACUGGGAAAGAUAUUUUAAUAUCAGAAGUCUUUCAAAGAUAUCAAGAUGUUUCAAAAUAUGAUUAUCAAAGGAACGCUUUAGGUGAAAAUGUCUUUAAUAGAUACUUUUCCAUUGAAAAUCUUUCUGAAUCCCAAAAGAGCAAAUUGCUUAAUGUGAUUGAUGACAUGUCCAAAGCUCUAGCAACAAUAAUUUUCAUGACUUCAGCUAAUACUUUUCGCUCAAGCGAACUCCUUUGGAUUGCCACUCAAGGUGAUAAUUAUCAAGAUCGAGAUUUGGUUUAUUUACAUGGGUCUGUGGUUAUUAGGCUGACCUACAAUAAGAACAGGUCAUUUAAUCGUCGUUUGCGCUUCACUACAAAGUUAGUAACAAUGUAUAUUGUUAAUCAUGUAACAGCUGUAAGAGCUUUGUACCUACAGCUCCUUCAACCCAAUUAUCCUUCACUUACGACUACAAUCUUCGAUGUACAAGAAUUAAGAGACCCAUCAAAAUCAUCUGAAGUUUUUUAUAAGAAGUUUUUAUUUGUUAGUCAACAUGGACGGUUGAUUACUUUGCUGGACUUGUAUGCUUUUCAAGCUAAAGUUUUAGGUAUUAAUCGACGUGACGUUUUAGGAAUUAGAGUCCUUCGGCAAGCGAUUACUAUGUUUAUACGUGACGACGUGGAAGUAGGAAAUGAAAGAUACCUUUUACUUUUGAAAGCAAUAGACGAUAAUAGACAGGGACAUACUUUCUUAACAGCUGAGAGUGUAUAUGGUAGAGAAAGACAUACUAAUGAAUCUAUGCAUCUCUUACAAGAUGUGAAGUUGAUGAUUGGAUUUUUCAAUGACUUUUUUAGAUUUUUAGGAAUUACACAUUGGUCACCUAAUGGAAAGUUACUUGAGGCAACUAAACCCAGAAUAAUUCCCACCAGUUUUAAUCAACUUCGUAUUUUGUUGACGGAAGAUAUAUUAGAUGCAGCUCAGAUGAUUUUACCUAAUUUUGAAUUCAGAAAUCCCGAUCAGGCUACAGGUGUUUCAGAUGUUGCUUAUGGCCUUGAAUCUAAUAGGUUCAUAUUAGCUCCUACAGGUUUUGGAAAAACGUUAAUCUUUUCUAUCCCGCUAAAAGCUUUUGCUCGAUAUCACGAACAAAACCCAAAAUCGUUUAGCCGUGUAUUAUCAGUUUUGAUGCUUCCUUAUUCAUUUCUAGUGAUUGAAAUGAUCGAACGACUUGGCAGUUAUUUAAAUGUACAAAAUGUAAAGGAUUAUGAAACGUUUCUUCCUACAACGGAUGUAUUGGUUGGUGUUUACAAUGAUUUCGUUAGACCAGGUUUUAUUAAUUUCAUAAGAGGAUUCAAUUUACGAUACGAAUCAACUAAUGUUCUUGGCUUAAUAAUCAUAGAUGAAGUGCAUUGUUUGUUGGAAGAAUUUGCUUUUAGGAAAUUGAGAAAAUUUUCUGGUGGGACUUUAAAUCUUUUCUGGAAAAGAAUCUAUCUUAGUGCAACAGUAGAAUAUGAUUUCAAGGAGGAGCUUUCAUCAACUUUUAAUUUACCUGAACCUCAACGUCUUAACUUU